AUGCUUUGAAAAUGAAGAAUGACUGCAGAAGCCAGUUUUCAUAGCAGACAUUUUUUUAAACCUAUGAACUAGCUGAACAAGUUUCUGCAAGCCUCAAAAACAAUGCUUUAAGUGAUAAGACUUCAAAGGAAAACAGAAUCUCUGGAAGUCGUGUGACAAAAGAAAAUUCUGUAAUGCUGUUUGGUCUGGAGAGUGAGGAAGGAUAUUAGCAAGUCUCAAGCAUUACUGAAAACCACCCAGAAGAAGAAAACAAAAUUAAACAAUGUUUUUCCUGCCUUUCAACACAAGUCUACACCUUGAAGAAGGACCCUUUCUCUGACUCUUCUGUUCAUCUGAGAACAAAAAUUUACCUUAAGGACAAAAAAUGAGGCAAGAAAAAGAGGGGACAGUUGAUAUCCCAGACAGCUCUAUUCAAGUUUAUGAAUGAUUUACACUUAAGGGUGGCAGGACUUAAUGCAAAUGAACGAGGAGGAAACUGUCAGCUGCAUUGUGGUUCAACCAAUAGCAGCACAGCUCCAUCUUGGAUGUGCACUGGACUGCAUUACAAACAGACGAUACCAUCGCUUCAACAGCAGCCUUCAGACAAGAGGUCACCUGUCUUCAAAGUUUAAAGGAGAGGAAAUAGGAGACAGAAAUACACUGAGCCCACAAGAUUCAAAAGAACCAAUACAAGAAGUAUAAUCCCUAAGAAUGGCCUCUCUGAGCUCCAGCCUCUGGAAUGAAACCACUACAUCUGUUUAUCAGUACCUCGGUUUUCAAGUUCAAAAAAUUUACCCUUUUCAUGAUAACUGGAACACUGCCUGCUUUGUCAUUCUGCUUUUAUUCAUAUUUACAGUGGUAUCUUUAGUGGUGUUGGCUUUUCUUUAUGAAGUGCUUGACUGUUGCUGCUGUGUAAAAAACAAGACUGUGAAAGACUUGAAAAGUGAACCAAACCCUCUUAGAAGUAUGAUGGACAACAUCAGAAAACGUGAAAUUGAAGUCGUCUAGCACUCUACCUAAGAUGAACAAAAUCUCUGAAAAUAGCCUUCAACUACUGAAGAAAAAAGGAAAAUUUUCUGAGGCCAACUGUUAUUAUAAAACUGACUCUUGAGGGGCACCUGAUGGCUCAGUCAGCUAAGGGUCUGACUUCAGCUCAGGUCAUGAUCUCGCGGUUCGUGAGUUUGAGCCCUGCGUUGGGCUCUGUGCUGACAGCACAGCUUUGGAUUCUGUGUCUCCCCUUCUCUCUGUCCCUCCCCCACUCACACUCUUUCUCUCUCUCACAAAAAUAAAUAAACAUUAAAAAAAAUUGUUUAA